AUGUCUGACCCCCUGACCUUUGGUCUUGAGGAUGACGGCCUGGUGGACCUCACCACUGAGCUGGAGAGAGCCAUUAUUGACGACCCCCUGCUCGGGGGCGGCGGCGCCGCCGCGGCCCGCGCGACGCACCCCGAGGCGCACGCCCCCGCCGCCGCCGCCGCCGCGCACCACGCGCCGCCCGCGGCGGCGGGGCCGCUGGGCGAUCCGCUCUCUGGGCUCGGCCCCCUGGGGGCGCAGCCGCAGCACCAGCAGCUGCAGCAGCAGCUGCAGCAGCGGGAGGCUGCCGCCGCCGGCGGCGGCGCGGGCGCCGCGUCCGACCCGCUUGCCGCAGGCGGCGCGGGGGGCGCGCUGUCUCGCACGACGACGGGCGGCGGUGGCGGUGGCGGCGCGCUGUCUGGGCCGCCCUCUGGCUUUGGCACGCCGCAGCCGUGGGACGCUCUGCCAGAGCCGCCGGCCAGCGGCGCUGCGGCGGCUGCGGCGCCGUUGAGGGUUGAGGUGAAGGAUCCCCACAAGGUGGACGGCGGCGGCCUGCUGGGUAUGACGGGGUCCCACGUGACGUACCUGGUGGUGACCCGGGCCAGCCUGCCGGGCUGGAGCAGCCAGGAGGUGUCAGCGCGGUACCGCGGCUACUUUGCCCCGCCGCGCCCGGAGAAGAACGCGGUGGAGGGGCAGCGCAUGACGGACGCAUUCCUGGAGGAGCGGCGCGCGGCGCUGCAGCGCUACAUGCAGCGGCUGGCGGCGCACCCCGUCAUCGGCCGCAGCGAGGAGCUGCGGCUGUUCCUGGAGACCCCCGGGGACCUGGCUUCGUCGAUCCAGUGGUCUGGGCUGGCGCCGCCCGCGGCCAGCGUGCUGGAGGGCACAGCCAAGUUCAGCAUGCAGCUCAUAGGCCGCGAGAGCAAGGUGGUGGACCCUGUGGCGGCGGCGGCCCCUGCUGCUCGGUCCAAGGACCUGAUGCGCGCCAUGAAGGAGGCUGCUGUUGGGCUGCGUGGCGGUGUCCAGGAGGUGCCUGGUGAGGAGUCAGAGCUGCGGCGCGCCAAGGAGGUGGCGGAGGAGAUGAGGGAGUGCCUCGUGGCCACCAGCAGGGCGGCGGAGCGUGUUGUUGACCGUCUUGACCGGCUGGGGGCUGUGUGUGGUGACCUGGGGCUGGCCCUCUUCAAGGUGGCCAAGGCAGAGGAGGCGCAGGGUGGCGCGCUGGCGGGCUACACCGGCACCCUGCGCCAGAGCGGGCUGCUGGUCAACGACGAGAAGAGGGCGGCCGCAGCACUGGUGCGUCUGAGCAAGAUGGUGGCGCGCGUGACGGGGCGCACCGCGCAGGAGCUGGAGCCGCUGCAUGACUACCUGGGGUUCAUGCCGGCCGUCCUGCGCGGGCUGACGUCCCGCGAGCACGCCCUGGUGACGCACGCGACACUCGAGUCUGACCUGGCGGCCAGGAACAAGGCCCUGGCAGACCUGCAGCUGGCGGGCGCCAAGGUGUUUGGCGGCGACAAGGCCAAGGCCAAGCGCGCGGAAGACCUGCGGACGGAGAUCGCGCAGCUGGAGCUGAGCAUAGGAUCUGCAAGGGCGGAGUAUGAGAAGAUAGCGGAGAUCAACAGGUCGGAGCUGGAGCGGUUUGGGCGUGAGAGGCGCGCGGAGUACACCGCCAUGGUGGAGAACUUUGCAGCCACGCAGGUUGCUGCCAGCGAGCGGCUGCUGGAGGUGUGGCUGCAGCUGGCAGGGGAGCUCGGGGCCGCGCCCGCUGAGCUGGCGGCCAUCCGGCAGUCGGCGCCGCGCAGCGGCGGCCCAGACGGCAGCGGCCUGCUGGGCACCGCGCUGCAGUCGUGA